GUCGUAACAUGUUCUUACAUCGAGGAACGAAUCCAGAAACUUAAAAAGCUUGUCUCAGUGUCUUCAGCAUCAUUGGCUCCUGUUUCCAGAGGAGAAUCUAUAGGACCAGAAAACUGGGCGCAGUGUCCUCAAGGCCUUGGCUCUGAAGGUAAGUCCUCAGAGCUUCUGGGGCCUGGCCACCUGGACAACAUGCCCCCCACAGUGAUGCUGGUCAACAUGGGCACUUGCUACUUGCUCCGUGGCCAUGCCAGGCCUUGCUGAGAUGGAUCAGGGACCAAGUGUGGCCCAGUCCUAUGGGAAGGUACUGAAGACUCACCGGGAACAUCUGGUGGCGCACAUUGGCAACACCCAGUGCCUGCUGGACAACUUGCUGGAAAAUGGCUACUUCACCGCUGAAGACGUGGAGAUUGUGGGCGCCUAUGCCACGAAGCCCAGCCAGGUGCGUCAGAUUCUGGACCUGGUGCAAAGCAAGGGCGAGGAAGUGGCCGAAUUCCUCCUUCACGUGCUACAGCAGCUCACAGAUGCCUACGUGGACCUCAGGCCCUGGAUCUCCCAGAUAGGCUUCUCCCCUUCACAUGUCAUUCAAAGCAAAAGUGUCCUCAACACAGACCCAGUGAGCAGAUACACGGAGAAGCUGCGUCACCAACUGGGUCGCGAUUCCAAGUUCAUCAUGUGCUAUGCGCAGAAGGAGGAGAUGCCCCUGGAGGAGCUGUACGUGGACACGACAGCCGAGCUGGUCAACUUCAGCGACGAGAGCUUGGGCAGCCUGGGCAACGUCGCGGGGCUCCUGGACCCGGUGGCGGGCGUCCUGAACGAGCAGGCUGAGACCAUUUUCGUGGUGGGCGACGCAGGCGUGGGCAAGUCCAUGCUCCUGCUGCGGCUGCAGAGUCUCUGGGCCGCAGGGCAGCUGGACACAGGCCUCAAGUUCUCCUUCCACUUUCGCUGCCGCACCUUCAGCUGCUUCCAGCCCAGUGCAUCGAUGCUGCUGAAGGACCUGUUGUUCCAGCACUUCUGCUAUCCGGAGCAAGACCCCGAUGAGGUGUUCGCCUUUCUUCUGCGCUUCCCCCAAACCAUCCUCUUCACCUUCGACGGCUUGGACGAGCUGCAUUCAGACUUUGACCUGAGCCGAGCACCUGAAGCCUGCUCGCCCUGGGAGCCUGCACACCCGCUGGUGCUGCUGGCCAGCCUCCUAGCUGGAAAGCUGCUGCAGGGUGCCCGCAAGGUGCUGACCGCGCGCACGGGCACUCAUCUCCCGCGUCCACUCCUGCGCAAGAAGGUGCACCUGCGAGGUUUCUCUCCUAGUCACCUGCGCAUCUUCUCCCAAAGGAUGUUCCCAGACCGGGCCAUGCAUGGCCGUCUCCUGGAGCAACUAGAUGCCAACCCCAGCCUGGGCAGCUUAUGCGCCGUGCCACUCUUCUGCUGGAUCAUCUUCCGCUGCUUCCAGCAUUUCCAGGGCGCGCCCGACCGGGCCCGACAGCUGCCCUCCUGCAACCUGACUCUCACGGACAUCUUCCUGCUGGUCACCGAGGUCCACCUGAACCGAACGCAGCCCACCAGCCUGGUCCAGCGCAACACGCGCAGCCGGACGGAGACAUUGCGCGCUGGCCGGCCCACGUUGCUCGCCCUGGGCCGCGUGGCCCGCCAGGGCCUGGAGAAAAACCUCUUUGUCUUCAGCCAGGAGGACAUGCAGGCGUCUGAGAUUCAGGAGCAGGACUUGCAGCUGGGCUUUCUGAGGGCCGGACAGGAGCUGGGCCUGGAUGGAGUCCAGCCCACCUUUGAGUUCUUCCACCUGACGCUCCAGGCUUUCCUGGCGGCCUUCUUCCUCGUGGUGGAUGACAAGGUGGGCACGAGGGAGAUGCUCUGCUUUUUCCAAGAGUGGGCACCCCCCAGAAAGGAUGGACCCCCUGCCAGCUCCUGCCUCCCAUGGCCCCGAUGGCUGAGGGGUCGGGGCAUGGCCAGGGAAGACCCUUUCCAGAAGAAAGACCACUUCCAGUUCACCAACCUCUUCCUAUGCGGGCUGCUGUCCAAGGGCCGACAGCGGUUGCUGCAACAUCUGGUGCCUGCUGCGGCACUCAGGAGGAAGCGCCGGGCGCUGUGUGCCCACCUCUUCGCAAGCCUGCGCACCUACCUGAAGGGGCUCCCCCGCGUUGAGACCGGGGGCUUCAACCAGGUGCAGGCCAUGCCCACCUUCCUCUGGAUGACACGCUGUAUCUAUGAGAUGCAGAGCGAGAAGGUAGGGCAGCUGGCGGCCAAGGGCAUUUGUGCCAACUACCUCAAGCUAACGUACUGCAAUGCCCACUCGGCCGACUGCAGCGCCCUCUCCUUCGUGCUGAACCAUUUCCACAAGCACCUGGCUCUGGACCUGGACAACAACAACCUCAGCGACUAUGGUGUGCGCGAGCUGCAGCCUUGUUUCAGCCGCCUCACGGUCAUCAGACUCAGUGUGAACCAGAUCACGGAUGAUGGGGUGAAGGUGCUCUACGAAGAGGUGCCUAAGUACAAAAUUCUCACCUACUUAGGGUUAUACAACAACCAGAUCACUGAUGUAGGAGCCAGCUAUGUGGCCAGAAUCCUUGAAGAGUGUGAAAGCCUCACACACCUCAAAGUGGGAGCAAACAAAAUAACAAGCAAAGGUGGGAAGUGUCUCGCUCUGGCUGUGAAGAAAAGCAAGUUCAUCUUCGAUGUUGGGAUGUGGGGCAACAAGAUCGGAGAUGAGGGAGCCCGGGCUUUUGCAGAGGCACUGAGAAACCACCCCAGCCUGACCAACCUGAGUCUCGCAUUCAACGGCAUCUCAACAGAAGGAGGAAAGAGCCUCGCACAGGCCCUGCAGCAGAACACAACUCUCCGAAUAUUCUGGCUCACCAAAAAUGAGCUCAAUGAUGAAGCUGCAGUGGGUUUUGCAGAAAUGCUGAAAGUCAACCAGACAUUGCAGCAUUUGUGGCUGAUCCAGAAUAAGAUCACAGUCAGGGGGGUAGCCCAGCUGGCAGAUGCAUUACAGGAGAAUACUGGCUUGAAGGAGAUAUGCCUCAAUGGAAACUUGAUAAAGCAAGAAGAAGCCAGUCUCUUUGAAGGUGACAAGCGGAUUAUUUGUUUCUGAAAGGAGAAUUUCCCACCUGUGAAUCCUGGAUGCUGAAGAGAGCUUGCCCUGGAUGCCAGAAAAGUCUGCUGAGAUGUGCUGCCAAGUCCUAAGCUUUGUCUUUGGCAAAUAACUGAGAAUACAUGGUGUGAAGCCAGUUCUGAGCUUCCCAGAGAAGAGGCACUCCAUAAACAUGAAAUC